UGAAAGUCCAGCUGAUUUGAGUGUCACGUCCUCCAGGAAGCUGUGUUGGAGUUUGCUGCUGCUCCUGGAGCCACUCCUGUUGCUGGCCGCUUCUCUCCUGGAACCUCACUAGCCAGAUCUGGGCAGCCUUCCAGAGCCACAACUUCUGGUGGUUACAGCUGCUCACAGAGACCUCUUACGUUCAGCUGCCCACCAUUGCUCUGUGUAACACAGACUCUGCAGAGAGGAGAGGAGAGUGGGUGUUGUCAUCCCAUGCAAUAAGAAAGCUGACUUGGUGGGUCUGAUGUGGUGGAUACUCACCCGGGGAAGUUCUGCGCAUGCAUGGCACCAUCUCCUGUGAACGCCAAUGGGAUGUCAUGGCUGAUCUCAACUUUUACAGAGAUCCUGAAGAGACUGAAAAAGAAGAGCAGGCAGCAGCUGAGAAGGCUGCGAGCGGGAGGAAUUUUACGCACAGGGAUAAUGCUGAAAGGAAUGACAAGGCUUGUCUCCAGGGUCCAUAAGUUGGACCCUGGACGUUUUUUGCACUUAGGGACCCAGGCACCCCAGUGCCCUGUUGCUCACUUGGAUAACCAGGUUCCAACUGAGAGUCCCAGAGCUAUUUCCCGCACUCUUGAGAAUGAUCCGACCAAGCAUGGGGAGCGGCACGUGGGCCAGCACUACAGCAUACCCAUCCCAGAACUGAAGACCGUACUCCCCCAUGGCCUGCCUCCUCGCUUUGUAAUGCAGGUGAAGACAUUCAAUGAAGCUUGCCUGAUGGUAAGGAAACCAGCCCUCGAGCUCCUGCAUUACCUGAAAAACACCGAUUUUGCUCACCCAGCUGUACGAUACAUUCUCUAUGGCGAAAAGGGAACAGGAAAGACCCUCAGUCUUUGCCAUAUUAUUCAUUUCUGUGCAAAACAAGACUGGCUGAUACUGCAUAUUCCAGAUGCUCACCUUUGGGUGAAAAACUGCCGGGAUCUUCUGCAGUCCACCUACAACAAACAGCGCUUUGAUCAACCUUUAGAAGCUUCAAUCUGGCUGAAGAAUUUCAAAACUGCAAAUGAGCGUUUCUUGAGUCAGAUAAAAGUUCAAGACAAGUAUGUCUGGAAUAAGCGAGAAAGCACUGAGAAAGGCAGUCCUCUGGCAGAAGUAGUUGAACAGGGCAUAAUGCGAGUGAGGAAUGCCACAGAUGCAGUUGGGAUUGUGCUUAAAGAGCUAAAGAGGCAAAGUUCUCUGGGUAUUUUUCGCCUCCUGGUGGCAGUGGAUGGAGUCAAUGCUCUCUGGGGAAGGACCACACUGAAAAGAGAAGAUAAAAGCCCGAUUGCCCCGGAAGAACUAGCCCUUAUUUACAACCUGAGGAAAAUGGUGAAAAAUGAUUGGCAAGGAGGUGCCAUCGUGUUGACUGUGAGCCAGACUGGGUCUCUCUUUAAGCCCCGGAAAGCCUAUCUGCCCCAGGAGUUGCUGGGAAAGGAAGGAUUUGAUACCCUGGAUCCCUUUAUUCCCAUCCUGGUUUCCAAUUAUAACCCAAAGGAAUUUGAAGGCUGUCUUCAGUAUUAUUUGGAGAACAAUUGGCUUCAACAUGAGAAAGCUCAUACAGAAGAAGGGAAGAAGGAGCUGCUGUUCUUAAGUAACAGGAAUCCCGGGCUGCUGGAGCGGCUCUGUGCCUACCUCUAAGCCAUGGUCACAAAGUGCAUGGAAGACAAUGGAUGUUUCUUUAAUGGACCAGUCAGAUGGGAGGCCCCACGGCAUACAGGAGGAGCAGCCCAGCGCCUGCACACGUGGCGCCAACGGGGCUGCAGUCAGCUCCCAGCCUCUGCUGUGGCGGGUUCCUUGUAACGGGCCUGUGAUGGCAACAAGAUGUCCUGAAACUAACACCGGUUUAUUAGCUGUGGUUUUCACGUUUUAAAUAAUCAUGUAGCUUUUCCUUAAAAAUUAAGUAUGUUUCUUAAAGUGUUGUAAGAUGGAAAGAGCCUAUUUGGAAUUGGCCAAAUUGAAUUUCUUUGGCAUUCUGCUUGUUGUGGGUCUGAAGAGACUAAAUUCUACAGAAAUUUUCCAGUCUUUAUUCAAUUUAUGAGAUUGGGACUCACAGCUUGACUUAUCUCUUCCAGACCAUUCACUUCCUAUUUACUUUUAUCAUGGUCCCUAAGAAGUUUCCUCAAACUCCAGCCGAGUCUGGCAGCUUUGUAUGGUACAGCCCCUUUCUACAGCUUCCUGAAAGAAAUAAGUUCUAAACCCCCAGAGCAGGGGUCCCCAACUGUAAGGAUCUAAUGCCUGAUGAUCUGAGGUGGAGCUGAUGUGAUACUAAUAGAAAUAAGGUGCACAGCAGGGCUUUCCUGGUGGUCCAGGGCUGAAGAAUCUGCCUUGUAGUUUGUGGGACACUGGUUCAAUCUCUUGUCCGGAUCCAGCAUGCCACUGGGAGACUAAGCCUGGACAUCACAACUACUGAGCCCGCACUCCAGAGCCCAAGAGCCACAGCUCCUGAAGCCGAAGCACCUAGAGCCCGUGCCCCGCGACAAGAGAAGCCACUGCAACGAGAAGCCGUCCCGCCCCAGUGAAGAGCAGCCCACACUGAGCGCUGCUAGACAAAGCCGUGCACGGCACAAAUAAGUGAAGUGCACAGCAAAUCACAAUGUGCCCGAAUCCACCCAGAUCUAUCCUGCCUCCCCUUCUUCCACCGUGGAAAACGCUGUCUUCUGUGAAACUGGUCCCUGGUGCCAGAAAGGUUGGGGACCACUGCCGCGCAGCACACUGUAUGGAAUGAAUCAACACCUUUAAUCCAUGUAUUAACAAUAGUAGUAUCUGUUACCAGCUUUCUGAGAUUUGAGAAAACAGAGACUCACAUCAGUUUCAGAAGAGUCUGGUUCUCACCAGGUCCACGUGGCUGGUUAUAGUCAGAAGUUUGGUUCCCACUUUUUGGGCUUUCCCAGGUGGCGCUAGUGGUAAAUGCAGGUUUACCACGAAACCUCGCCACCUGCCAGUGCAGGUUAGAUGUAAGACACGCCAGUUCCAUCCUUGGGUUGAGAAGAUCCCCUGGAGAAGAAAGUGGCAACUCACUCCGGCAUUCUUGCCUGGAGAAUCCCAUGGACAGAGGAGCCUGAAGGGCUACCGUCCAUGGAGUCGCACAGAGUCGAACAUAACCGAAGUGACUUAGCACAGCCACUUACUAGCUAUCUGUCUUACCCUAUUUCCUUCUCUAAUUUUAUCUUAUCUCUGUUUCACCUUAUGUAAAGGUAAUAAUAAUGCUAAACUUUCAGGGAUUUUGUGAGAAUUAAAUCACAUGAUAUAUGUCAUGUGCCUCACAGUGGGUCUGCAUUAAAUGACAGGUAGCUACUGUUUAUAACUUGGA